AUGAUCAAUGACCCUUCUCAGGAGAGUCUCGUCGGAUGUGCCGACCAUGCUGAAGCGGGACUCACAGAAGAUAAGUCCCAUGACCCCAGGGAGUUUGACUUAGGGAAGCAGAUUACAACCAACGAGCUGAAAGCUGAAAACGCAGGGCUCCAGGUUUCCACCUCCUUCAACGAUAAAUGUACCUCAGAGCCGAGGUUUGAAGGGUUGGACCUGCAAAUUGAAGGGUUGGACCAGCAAAUUGAAGCUUCAGAACUGCAAUUGAACGCCAGUGAAUCGACCCUGGAGUUCUCAAAGCUGACCAUUAAUGCCUUUCAGCGACAAACUGAAGCCUUAAACACCAAGUUCGAAAGUUUCACAUUCACAAACGACAGGGAAGUGAAGGCUUUAGCACUGCAACAUGAAGCCUUAGCGCUAAAGCUUGAGGCAAUAGAAGUGGAGAAUGAAAGAAAUAAGGCCUUAGCAGAGGAGAAUAAGAACGGAAUUAAAGCCUUAGAGCAGCGAUCUGAUGCUUUGGAGCAAAACUAUGAAGCCUAUCAAUUGUUUGACCUGGAUGAUGGCGAACAGCGUACAAGGCCAAAACCUCUCGACAACUCAAACUUGGAGGAACAGAGCACACCAGAGAAAGACUGGCUCAUAAAAGAGGGAUUCAUCAAAGCAACUCAAGGCAACGACUGGGAGGCAUUUAGAAUCAAGCAAAAGCGUCUCUUUGGUUGUUUGCUCCAUAUUUCUGUAAUUCGUCUCUUCGAAAACUACUUCGAGGCUCUCAAAUUGAACUUCAGCCUGGACAUUUUCUUGAAUCCUAUAAUUGGAGCUUUUGGCAACUAUGGCGCGGAUUUGAAGGAUCCUAGCAAGCUUUGUACCCGGCCUCACUUUAACAACGGAGCCAAUUUUGUCCAAAGGUGA